AUGUCCGAUCAAGACGUUCAUCCAAUCAAGUACAGUGAAUGGAGAAGUAAGUACAAAUACUAUAUUGAUAUAUUCAAUGCGUUGUAUCAGAUGAAAACGGAAAAAGAAGAAGAAUUAAACUCGAUUUACAAAAAUAUUAAAACAGAAUUGUUUGAUUCAAAUAAAUAUCCUCCCCGAAAUAUGAUAAGAGACAUUUUAAAUAUCAUUCCGUUUAAAAAUCGCUAUACAAAGUCAUAUUUAUCUCUUGCCAAACUCAUAUCUGAUGAAUAUCACGUUAAAACGGUCAACAAUGUCAGUGAUGUUUCAAAAUUCAUGUUUUAUAAAGAAUAUGGAAUUAAAUUAGGCGAUUUUGAUAAUUUCGAAAAAUACAAAUCUAAAAAUCUGUAA